ACACUGUAGCAAGGAAGAAAUGAAGAACACUCUGUCCCCAACACCGGUAUUAUUUUAGCAACAGCCGAGAAGGUCGUAAUUUAAAAGGAGAGUUCUUGCGUUUCAGAAACUCAAAACUAAAUUCUGAGUAUUCUUAGUAACCUUAUGACACUGUUCAUGCAACUGGAAUAAAACCAUAUGACUUCAUGAACGUUUCUAUGGAAGAAAAAUGCGGCCUUUGGGGUCGUGUCUAGAUCCAUAUAACCUUCUUGGUCUAGAUACGACGCCCCUUGGCAAAAUCGACGCCAACGUAAACAAAUACAGGAACCUACUAAUCAGGGAUAUAGUCGUGUACGUUAGAAUCGGCACCUGAAAGCGUAGACUAGUUUGCGUUUGUACUUUCUUCGCCCACUAGGAACAAAGUGGUUUUGAUUGAGACUACCGAACAGGCUCCAUGGCAGCCUCAGCAAGUGCCCGACGAAUGCCCAUGGGUGUCCGAACAUUCAGCGAAUUUCUAGAGAUUGCCACUGUGGGCUCGGGCAGGACAUGUCAUACCGCGGGAUCAAGAGAACGAAUGAAACAAAACAUCAGGCACCUGUCGUCAUGUGGCAUUCUAAUGUCCAGGACUCCCCGAGCACUCUGCCUCCAAGACUGGGACACGAUGGCAUCAGUUCCCCCCAAAAGAAGCUUCAUCAGCUUCACCAAUAAGCGGAAAGAGUACUCAGAGCGCAGGAUAAUUGGGUUCUCCAUGCUGGAGAUGUAUGAGGUGGUGGCCAAUGUGGAUGACUACAAGCACUUUGUCCCGUGGUGUAAGAAGUCCCAGACCAUCAUGAAAAGGGCAGGCCACGCCAAAGCUCACUUGGAGGUGGGCUUCCCACCAGUUGUGGAGCGUUACACAUCCAUGAUCACUAAUGUUCGUCCUCACCUGGUCAAAGCGGUCUGUACAGAUGGAAAGCUUUUCAACCAUUUGGAGACAAUUUGGCGCUUCAGUCCUGGCAUUCCUGGUUACCCUCGCACCUGCACUGUAGACUUUUCAAUCUCAUUUGAGUUCCGCUCCUUGCUACACUCCCAGUUAGCAACGGUGUUUUUCGAUGAGGUGGUGAAACAGAACGUUGCUGCCUUUGAGCGGCGAGCCUGCAAGAUGUAUGGCCCAGAGACUCGCAUCCCGAGGGAGCUGAUGUUUCAUGAGGUCCACCAGACGUGAGGUCCAACCCCUGCUCUGUGCCUCUGCCUGCCUUACUCCCCUCUUCACUGGGAAGUCGUCCCCUUGACACCGCUACCACAAGUCUCCAUCCCCACUCAGCUUCUUCAAGAGCUUCCAUACAUUAACACUUAGGACCAACCUUGGUGGGCAUCAGUCUAUUUCAUGCAAAAAGUAGUUCAUCAAUCUUAUGUACACCUGCUAUCUACCUCCUCACAUGGGCUCAGUCCCUUUGCAUUGUUACUUGCACAAUAGUCUAAAGCUUUGUUCAUGUAAACAAAACAGAAAAAUCCAUAAAUUGCCACAACACAAAAUGGACUGAAUUUACUUUUUGAUUACGUUUGCUGGGCGAUGUUGUGACAAAGGAGGGAACAAUCACAGACUUUUUUGACAGACUUUUUCUGUUAUGUGGCACACUGUGAGCUGAAAUUGAUGUGUGUAUGUGUGUGUGUGUGAGAGAGAGCAAGAGAGAGAGAAAAAAACAACUCUGGCAGAGCUUUACUGGACUGAAAAGUAGUUGAAUUAUUGUUGUCCGAAAUGUCUACAGUUCACAUCAAUAUUUGCCAUAACUAAUCGUGUCAGGAAAAAGCAUUUCAUGUCAUUUGGAUUUUAUUUGCCCACAGGUAGUUUGAUUUUUGAUUUCAAAAUUGAAAUAUUUUAAAACAUAUAUAUUUUGGUUUCACAGCAUGGCUUUAACAAAGUGCUUUUAUUAUAGGUUAUUAAGUUAAAUUAUGGCAUAAUAAAGUAGAUGGUUUCUUCCCCUUUGCUCUGUGCAGCUAAUGUUAUUUAAGUGUAUUAUUUUUGCUUAAAAGUUUUGAUUCACAUUUGACUUGAAGUGUAAAUAUAGACAUAAUGAUAGAGCUUAAAUAUAAUGUCAUGCUGUGAAAGUUGUAGUUUUGGAAGUUAAUCCCAAGACUAAGGCAUUGCCCUACAAGGUCAAAUGAAUCUGGUUUAUUUUACUGUAUUUAUUAUCAAGAUACUUGAUUAUAGGUAAGUAUAGAGAUUAACCAGGAAUUUAGUAACUCUUUUUUUGCAUUGUACUGGGUGUGCCUAUAUGUUAUUGAAAUGUUCAUUGGGAUAAUUUAAAAUAGGUUAUUAUUACACAAAGGGCUGAAAAGGGCACAUUAUUUUAUUCAGUGAUUAUGUUUUCCCUUUACAGUGGUGAUGGCUUAUAGGCUCUGGGGUCAAUGUAGGAAACUGUAAGCAAUCAUUUAGGUUCAAACAUCUUGUUAUUGUCCCUUUAUUACAGAAAUAUUGAUAUGCUGCCCCAAUAUUUAAAGAAGCAUGUUUGCUUUAUUCUGUAAUACUACUUUACAAAAAAAAUAACAGCUACAACUAGAAAGUUUCUCAUAAGGCUAUUAUUUAAGGAUGUUUUGGCCAAAUGAGCAAAGGAAAUGCAAAGUCCCCUUGGGCUACCUUUGUGCUUAAGCUUGUAAUGUAAUAUUAAAAAAAAUUAAGUAGAUGCCCAUUUCCAAAUUUGCUACAUAUAAUUUCUGAAAUUGAAAGUCAAGACUCAUGGCUCAAUAUAACAUUUUCAAAGCUUAUAUACCUGAAAGUGAGGGUGCUAUGUAGUGCUAUAUAGUUAACAGGUGGGUGCUAUAUAGUUUAUCCAUUUAAUGUAUGAGUUUGGCAUGCUGAGUAUUUUCUUCAGUAAGGUUUUCAGCACAAAUGAGAGUAGUUUGAAAUGUGCAUGGGAAAGAUUUUUUAGAUAUGAUUUACCAUUAUAAAAUAUGUCAUCACUUCAUAUAAUCAUUGCUGGUCAUAUCGCUUUUUCUGUAUCCAUUUGAGUUCACACCGUGUUCAACCAAUCCUAUUGUAUUAAAUGCAUAUGUCUCUGAAAUUCUAGUUUCAAGUCUCUAUCACUAGCUAUGUACACUAACUCAAUACAUUGUAACUAAUGCUGUAAUGCUAGAUGUAUGUUUUCAUAUCAUGUGGCAAGUUGCACACUUACAACAAGGGAAACUGAAGCUUUAGGUCAGAAUCCACAGUACCCACAAGUUAUUGUACUUUGUUCCUUUUGGGAUAUCUUGACAGCAGGAGUUUGCUAAAAUAAAGAUUGGGGUCCUUUGUCAUUGUGGUAAUAUACCUGCUGGGCGGCAGGGCUCAUUAUGUGCCAGUGACCUGCAGCAUGUGAAGCAGUACUUUCAAAGGGCAGUCAAAGCACAAGAAACCAGAGCAGGGUUAUGGUAUCUGGGGCAGUUAUUAAUACCAGCACAGAGGUGGGUUCUUGGACUGUUUUAUUUUCCAUUGCAAAUCAUGGUUAUAACAUAAGGGUGCUCAAGAUUUGACCACGUAUUUUCAGUCAUAAAACAGAGGAUUCAUGGAACCCUUUUUUUUAUAGUACAUUUGAGCAAAAUAUGGGUUAUAAAAUUGAUAACUUAUUAGAUGAAUAUACAUUGAUUCAACCUAAUUGACAAUUGCUGUUACCUUCCUGUCAUUAUGCCAUCUGACCUUUUAUACUGAAACUGUCAAGAUAGUAUAUUGCAUCCUCAGAACAGCAACACAGGGUCCAUAUAUCAGUGGUUGAGGGUUCCAGUCUGUAACAUUAUCCCCAGAAAUGUCACAAUUGCAGUUCUCCAAAAAAGGUGUGACAAAUCUGAGUAGAGAUUGUGUGUGUAUUGCAUGCAAACAUUGUCAUAAAAUGACAACUACCACACAGAACAUUAAAGAGCUACCAAUAAUACACUAUCAGUCCAGAGUCAUUUACUGUCUGAGCCAAUAGAACUUGCACACAGCACACCAAUUGUUUUUAAAAACUUUAAUAGUUUAAGUUUUCCCAUUUUUUCUCUUGUAAGCACCUUCCCCUAUCUGACCCAUUGAGCCCCACUAGCUCCUCUGAUUCUCUGAAUUCUACCCAAUCCACAAAACAGUAUUACCUUUAUGAUCAAAAUAACUACAAACACAAAACAAAAGGACAAGUAGAACAUGUAGUGGGGGACAAUUAAAACAACUGUGAAAGCCAGACGAGGAAAAACCAGAACAAGGCAUGGAGAUUUAAAAGGGAUUAAAGAAACAAAAGUCUGGCAAACAUUAAGGUCUACAGUUCCACAGUUAUAGCAGAAAAAAAAUGACUGCUACACAAAAUGGAGUGUUCAGAAACCUUUAACGGUUAAUGCUCCUCAGACAAACACUACUUCUAUGGCCUGAGAACAAGCUUGAGACAUUCAAUGUAAACACCUGCCAAGAUGUUAAUGCAAAUAGCCUAUUAAAUUAUUUACAAUACAAGCAGAUUACAUGUUCAUUAAAAUAAGUUCUAAGACUUAAAUCCCCCCUAAAAAAAGAUACACUUGAGUUGAGUGAGGCUUUAUGCAACAGGUGUAAAAUGAAACUGUUUUUUUUUUUAAGCAAUAUGGCUGAGUAGAGCUCAUACAUUCAGGUUAUACAUAUAAUGAUAUCCUAUGUAUACAAAUAAGUAUAAAUAAAACCACAAAUUAUUGACCCACAAACAAGACAAGGUUAAUAAACACCCCUCAGUUAAAGGGACACUAAAUAAAACAGGGAUCUUGCUACUGCUAAUAAUUAAGGAAUCCAGACUAGCAAGUGCUUAUUUUGGGUAGUAGUAGAUCACAACAGCACUGAAAUCUGGGGAAUAGGAAACAAACUUAAUCCAACACAAUAAGAGCACCCCCCAAAAAAAUAAAA